AUGGGGUGUAUUAGGGGCCCAGAUGCUCAUUUAUGCCCCAGGGCCCCAAACAGAUUAAUGCAGCCCCUGUAUCAACUUAAAACCAACAUUAACGAGUAAUAACACUGUGUAUACAGUGCACUUUACUGUAUAAGAUGUCUAUACAGAAAUACCAACGUUAAAAAAAGUCCAAACGUGUUAAGUGAAUAGGUUACAUAUAUCAUUUUUUGUAAACUGAAUACCUUUUAAAAAUAUUAUUUUCCUAAUUCUCUAUUUUUCUUUUUAGUCCAUUUGUAUAUAAUAUGUUUGCUAUCAUUCUACCUGUGCAUAUGUUUAACUCGACAUGCAUCAGUGUUGAAACAUGUCAAAUAUCAUCGUGCUUCAGGAUCAUGUUCAGUACAAAAUAUUGAAAACAACAUAAAUUGCUUUAAGCAUUCAUAGCUAGUGUGAAGUAUAUAUUUAAAAAAAAAAAUCUGUAGAUAAAAUGACGUAAUGAAAAAACAUUAUAACAUGUGCAAAUAACUGUUGUAAACAAAAGCAGGUGUAGUCCAUUCCAUCAGAGUCCAUGCCUCUCUUUGCGCGCGCCUCUUUCUCUCCACCUUUAAAAGCAUCAGUGAGGAAGAAAGAGGGGAGAAAGGGAGGCGACCGCACAAAUACAAUGAUCUCAGAAACUGGGAACGACAAUCCGAAGGCAGAGUAUCUCCGAUCCGAAGCGAGCUAUAGCCCAGACUCCCCCGUCUCCUCCUCUCCGGAAGCCGGGCACCUCAGCAGGAGGCGGGACACCCAGACCACCAGCGGCAGCAUCAUCCCGGAGGAGAGCGGCAGCAUCCAGCCCCUGGUCUCCUCGGCCGCGGCCGCCGCCUGCAUCAUGACAUCGGGGGAGUUCAUGCAGACCGCUCCCCUGCUGGCGCACAAAUCCAAGAGGAGCCUGCUGUAUAAGGCGCUCUGCUUCCUCCUCCUCGUCUUCCAGGGCGGCAUUCUGGACUUCUACCUCAUCAUCUUCAACGACCUGUACUGGUGCUCAUGGAUAGCCACGGACCUGGUGGUGAUCUCGGGCUGGGGGAUUUUCUUCAUGAAGAACGCGCGGAGCAAGAGAGAGCGGGCCUGCGGCUUCCACCAGAAAAGCUCCAUCUUCGGCUGCAACCUCGGGGAGUUCACCUACGCCUACCUGGCCUGGCUCAUCUAUGUCAUCGCCUGCACGCCGAAGGUGGUGCUCAUCCUGGAGACGUCCAUCCUGGAUCUGAUCGCGCUCAAGGUCCCGUGCGGAGUGACCGGCUUCAAGAUCAUCAUGCUGCUGUCCGCGCCGCUGCUCUUCUGCCUCAUCAACUCCAUCAUCGAGGAUCUGAACGGGGCGACGCGGCACCACUCCCAGAGCUGCUUCAUGAGCACCUGCCUGGACCUGCUGGACAGCUUCACGCUGGUGGAGAUGCUGCUGAGGAGCGAGAUCCCCACCGUGUACCUCAAGUACACUGUCAUCACGGUGUACUUCGUGGCCCUGGCCGUGCCGGUGAUCUGGCUCUACGAGCUGACGGCGUCCGAGCUGCGCUGCCGGUGGCUGUGGGCCCGCUUCUCCACGGGCCUGGUGGUCAACGCGCCCCUGCUUGUGGUCAGGUGUUUCCAGGUUUACGUCUACAAGAUGCCGGUGUCGGUGUUCAUGUUUAAAAACAUCUUCUUCUUGGCGUGUAAGUUCCUGGAGCUGGUGGAGCAGUGCGUGGCGGUGCGUGGGGUUCGGAGGCUGGCCGGAGGCAGCAACCCGGCCCAGUUCUCCCACUGUGUGUCCGAGAACGACAUGUGUCCGCACGGAUAUGUCAACACCCUGGCCGUCACACAGUCCUAGAGCCCGGGCUGACUGAGGGCCAGGGGCCGCCUGUCCGUCUGUCUGUCUGAUGGCGGGCAAAGUGGACGAGUCGUGUUGCGUUCCAGACACAGCUGGAAAUGGGAAAAUCCAAAUUACAAACACAGCUCCUGCUUCCAGAUAGACAGCGAAGCCACACAAAGGUAUUAAGGCAACAUGUAUCAACAUACAUGAGAGUAGGGAAAAGUGAUUUACUCUGUACAGUUAUAUGACAAAGUAAAUUGCAGACACAGGCUGCAAUGUAACCACAUGGGGCAUCUUCCCACCCUCAAUUUACUCCCACCAAAGUGUUUGCCAGGCUCAGAUUAUUAUUAUAAGUGUCUGACAACAUCACUGAAAGGACCCCACAUACAUAGAGCUUUUUGUUAAAGAGUAAGAUCCUUUUAGUUUGACCAGAAACAGACCUGAAAUCACCAUGGCUAAAUCCACCAGACUCCAUUUAUUAAAACAGUAAUUUAAGAGCAUAUAAAGCCAGCAUAUUUUCAUAUCUAACAGAGUGAAUUAAGGGUUUAUUUCAUCCAAACCAGAGUUGAUGAUGGAACAGCAGAGAGAUGAACCAAGACAGCUUUUGAGAGUUUUAUUUCACUUCUGCUGACUUUGAAUGAAGUGUGUUUCAUGAUGAUAAAAUUAACAUUUAUUUAAAUGGAGUCUGGUGGGUCUGGCAAUAACAAUUUCAGGGCUGUUUCUGGCUUAACAAAAAGCCAAGGUCCAGACCAAGGUUCAUGUUUUUGUUAUUGUAUACAUUUGGUCCCUUGGUUUUGCAUUCACAUUGCAAUUCUGUGAGCGGACUAAAGAACUUUACAUGACAUAGUUACGUUCAUCUACGUAGCUUGCGUCACCUUAUAUUUGACAUUGAUUGGUUUAUAAAUGGGCGGGGGUCUGAUGUCAGUGUGUUGUCAAGUAGGUGGGUAGAAAUCCCCUCAGUGUUUACAAGCAUUACCUCACGAAAAUGGAUGAACCGAUUCUAAUAAUCGUCACGCUACGCAUACUAUUUUGACAUUGCUAUCAGCUGCAGCGCCAACCUAGAAGACAAUAUUCGCGGCUCGUACAAAAACAAAAUAAGUCUACACCUUGUGCGAAGAUGUCAUCGUCGCCGGCAGGAAAGGAGGAGGAGGAGACAGCUAGCAAUGUUAGCAAUGCUGAGAACCCUGCUAACUUGGGAGCGACCAGUGUCGAGUCUGCAGACGGCUGCUAUGAUGGUGACCCUGAUGUUUGACCUCUCUGUGGAGGAUUACAGAUCGGAGAGCUGCUGCUGUACACACACUACGAUAUGUUGACUGCUUCAGUGCUUCUCUCGGCAUUGUUUCUCAUGUUGCACUGAGAAUGGCUUCUGUUUGUUUAUUGCUUGUCAUAUAUUGCCAAAGUAUUUCAAAUGUUAUAUUUUAUACUAUUUUGUAUUAUUUCCUUGUGCCAGUAAUCUGCUUAACUUUUGCAUAUGUAUCCUGCGCUGUUGGAAAGGCUCUUUAACAAUCUUGAUUUGAAUUUGCACAUGAAGCUUACCACACAGUUUAAUCACAAGCGGGACCAUGUAUUCACUUUAAACUGAAGUAUAGUGGGCCUUUAACGUGCAUGUACAAGCACAGUGCAUAACCACACUGAAACUACCAAAGGCUUUCAUGAACAUGGAUAUUCAAAGGAGUCAAUUGUGCCACACAGCUUCAAAUGGUUUCUCUUCUUUAGCCUACGUGCAAUGAAAAACACAAUGUGUGCAAUCUUAAAACUCUCCUGUCUUAUAUUAUAUGAGCUUUCUUUUUCUUCGAACUUGUUUACAGGGAAAGAACAUUGCUGUUGUUUACAGAUAGGAUUCUACCUGUACUGUAAAGUUGUGUGGUGUAAAUCUGUGCUGAUAUAAUCCAAUCUAUGUACUGUAGAUGUAAGACAGAGUAUUAUGUGGUCGAAACCUGAAAUAAAUCUGAGGAAAGUACCAUACAAA